UUCUCUCAAGUGGAGCUCGGAGUACCCAGGUGUCGGCCAGGGGCCAGGGCUUCCUCCCUUCCGUGACUGGCGAGAGGCUCAGUUGGACGGCACAUGUGGCGUUGCUCGGACCCUGCGGGGCCACCCCAGCGGGUGCUUUGCCGGGCAGGGCGGGGUAGGGGGUGAGGCCUCGAUUGCUGCACUUCAAGACGCUGCGGGGAAGGCUUCGGGGUCUUGCCCCCAAAUGCUGCUGGAGGGCCGUCCAAGAUCACAGUUGGUGGUUGGUGGGAUCCGCCAGGAGCACCUGUGAUUCUGAGGGUCACCGGGGCCACCCAAUAGGGCUUGUGUCCCAGUGCUAUCCGUGGGGGCCCCCAGGUUACGCCCUGACAUAUUCGGGCAGCUGUGCGGUUGCCAGGGAUUGAGCUGGAGUCCUGCACGUCGUGCAAGGCGCGUCCUUACCCCAGACUGCUGGCGGGGUAGCUCCGGGGUGACACUCCCUGGGCCGUGAAAGGGGUCUCUGGGUCCAGAGGCUUUGCAGAUGCGUUCGUUCAGACAGGAAUCGCCUUGUGCUCGCUCUGACCACACGGAAGCGUCCUGGGAAGCCCGAGAAAGCAUCCAAGGACGGGCAGGUGAUGACAUCCCUUGACUUAGUGAGAGAUGAUAAAAUUCUGCGCAGCUCCGAGAAGCUUAUGGAAGGGAAGAUUGCAGUAAUUGAAAAGCAUGGCAAGAAAAGAAUUUCAGCAGCCUCAGCUGAAGAUGAGGGGGGUGAAGUACAGAGUAUGCUGUCAACACUUGGAGCUGACAUUGACAAGACGCUAAUUGCCAAGAGAAAAAGACUAGAAAUGUAUACCAAAGCUUCUCUGAGAACUAGUAGACAGAAAAUUGAAAAUAUUUGGAAAGUAGAACAAGAGCAGAGGCAGAAACUUAGCCAAGAAUAUUCUCAGCAGUUUCUCACCUUGUUUCAGCAGUGGGACACAGAUAUGCAGAAAGCUCAGAAACAAGAACAACAACUAACUAAUAUGUUUCAACAGCAACAACAGAUUUUUCAACAAAGUAGAAUUGUUCAGAGCCAGAGACUGAAAACACUUAAACAAUUAUAUGACCAAUUUAUAAAGAAUAUGGAGGAAAUGGAAAAGAAUCAUGAUGUUCUACUUACUGGUGCACACAAUGAAAUCAAAAAAGAAAUGGCUAUGUUACAAAAACAAGUCAUGAUGGAAACUCAGCAGCAAGAGAUGGCAAGUGUUCGAAAGUCUCUUCAAUCCAUGCUAUUCUGAUGACUCUUUGAAGGAAGAACUUGAACCUAAGUAAUAUGAUACAAUUAUAACAUUAGCUAGGUAAUAAAUAUGUAAAUGUUCAGUGAUUUAAAAUUUUGUUUUAAAAAAGCUUUUAAAUAUUACAGACUGUUAAUUAUUAGGCUAAGUUAAAGAUUCCUUUCUGUUAUCCUUCAAGUGAAACAAAGUUAUACUAGUAGCAGCAAUUUCUAAAUUUUAUGUACCACGGUUUCAGUUCUGUAAUAGUAACUGAAUUCUCUCUAAUACUUGUCAAUGAGCUUUUAGCAAUAAAGAUAAUAAAUUCAGUAUUUGACUUCAGUGUAUCUGUGUCAGUUUCAAAAGGUAGAAGUCACAAAUAUUGGAAGAUAACAUUGUUCUUUUUAAAAACAAUAUCUAAUUUAUAUUUACAUUUUUUAUAAAUAAUUGUUAUACUAUCAGUACUGACAAACAUAAGAUUUGAAAAGAAAAUAUAACAUACAAGUGUAUUAAAAGUAACUUAAGCUUACAUUCUGUAAUAAGCUGCUACACACUAUUAAGACAGUACACAUAUUAAGAACAAUAGAUGUAAAUAUAUGUAAAUAUCAAUUUUAAGACAUGAAAUUGUGAGUUUUCUAAAGUACAUCAAAAUGCCACUUAAUGGGAUUGAGCCAUAAUUAAAUUAUAUAUUUAUCUGUAAUUAUGAAUAUUAAAAGCAUAUCAACAUACCACGUCUUUAAGCAUAAAUCACCUAGAACAGUGCUUUAUAACCUUUUUAUACACACAGACUGGUAAAAAAUAAGAGAAACAUUCACGGAUUAUUAUGGCAGAAAUAAAAUAAUUAUACAGUAUUUUAUAUAUAAGUUUUAAGUCUAAUAUCAUACAAUGAAAACCGAGUAUUGAGUGGCAAUAACCUUUGUCAAAGACCAUCUGGAAAUUAGUCUGGCACUGGUCUGUGGACUUGGAGAACCACCGACCUAGAAUUUGUUGCUGUUUUUUUUGGAGGCCACACUUGGCUGUGCUUAGUUAAGGCUUACUCCUGGUUCUGAACUCAGCUAUCACUUUUGGUGGGGCUUAGGUGGACCAUAUAGUGUUCGUGGAAUCAAAUUUGGGCUGGCCACAUGCAAGGGAAGGGCCCUGCCCUUUAUAUUAUCACUUCAGCCUCUAUUAAUAAUUUUCUUAUGUUAACUGGCUUUAUGAUUUUAUUUUUUAUAAAAAAGGAAUGUUUAUUAUCUCCCUUUUUUAUAAUAAAACUUUAUUUGAGAAUAUUAAGGAACAAGCUAUCCUUACUAUAAAAAUUAAUUUGCUUUUCUGAACUGGUAAGAUAAAAUUACCUUUACUAAAUACAAAUGAUAGAAAAUCUAGCAUCUUUUUUAUAUUCUACAUGGUAUACUAGGACAAGUAUUUACUUUCAUACAGUAGUAGUUAACAUAUUUUUAAAAUGACUAAUAUUUCAUAUAACAUCAUCUGCCUCAAUAAAGUAUUAUAAGCAUUUAUGCAGUAACAUGACCUUAAUUUUCAACUUCUAAGAAAGCAUGACUGACAAAAUGGUUGAAAUCCUUUAAACCCUGAAUUUUUAAAAUCUUUUAUAAUGAAAACCUCAACUGUCUGAAAAAGAUUUCUGAGAUAAAGAGAUAGCUAUUUAGAACUAUAGAGGUUCACUUUCUUAUCCACAGAAAAUUAAUUUCUUUGGUUUUGUUCCUAAUUAUAGAUCAUAUUACUUUGACAAUAUGGAUAAGUAAUGAUACACAAGAGGGUGUCACAACUGAAUUAGACAUAAUAUGUAGGACUUAAUGGUUCAUAUUAAAAUAUAACCUUAUUUGAUAAUAUACUAGCCUCCUGCAAAAGGAGAUUUCCUUCACUCAUUGGUUCCCCUAACUGCUUCUCCUC